AGCGAAAGAUAAACACGUAUCCGAAAGGUGGAGAUGGUUUAAAUAAACGUUAAUAGACAGUUGAGCAGGAUUUGGAUAUCCGGUACGCGGUAUUUUGUAUAUUUUACAAAGGACAUAAAACAUUUCUGUAGCACUUUCUCUAAAUAAGAGGUUUUGUGUCUGGGAGAGUCUGCGUUAGCGACAGAGUCGCUCCUGGCACAAGAUGGUGCGAGCAGCCCUGGUUACGGCCACCAGUAUGGUGUUGACAGGGGCGGUGGUGGCCCAUGCCUACCUUCUCAAACACCAGUUCUACCCCACAGUGGUGUACCUCACUAAAAGCAGUCCCAGCAUGGCUGUAUUGUACAUCCAAGCAUUUGUGCUGGUGUUUCUGUUGGGGAAAUUUAUGCGCAAAGUCUUCUUUGGACAGCUGCGGGCUGCUGAGAUGGAGCACCUGAUUGAGCGCUCCUGGUAUGCUGUGACUGAGACCUGCCUAGCCUUCACAGUGUUCAGGGACGAUUUCUCCCCUCGUUUCGUGGCCCUAUUCACACUGUUGCUAUUCCUCAAGUGCUUUCAUUGGUUGGCAGAAGACAGAGUUGACUUUAUGGAGAGGAGUCCAAAUAUUUCCUGGGUCUUCCACUUCAGGGUGCUGUCUCUCAUGGUGUUACUGGCGAUACUGGACUUUCUUUUUGUAAAUCAUGCUUGCCAUAGCAUCAUCACAAGGGGAGCCUCAGUUCAGCUGGUGUUUGGAUUCGAGUAUGCAAUUCUGAUGACCAUGGUUCUCACAACCUUCAUCAAAUACACACUUCAUACAAUUGACCUCCAGAGUGAGAAUCCCUGGGAUAACAAGGCAGUAUAUAUGCUGUACACCGAACUCUUCACAGGUUUCAUUAAGGUGCUGCUGUAUAUGGCAUUCAUGACCAUCAUGAUCAAAGUGCAUACGUUCCCUCUGUUUGCCAUUCGUCCCAUGUAUCUUGCUAUGAGACAAUUCAAGAAAGCUGUAACUGAUGCCAUUAUGUCUCGGCGAGCCAUCCGCAAUAUGAACACACUCUAUCCUGAUGCCACACCUGAAGAUCUCCAGGCCUCGGAUAAUGUCUGCAUUAUUUGUCGAGAGGAGAUGGUGACUGGAGCCAAGAAAUUGCCCUGCAACCACAUCUUCCACUCCAGCUGCCUGCGCUCCUGGUUCCAGAGACAGCAGACCUGUCCUACGUGCCGCAUGGACGUGCUGAGAGCCUCUCAGCCCAAUCAGACACCCGCCCCGCCCCCUGCCCAGGCUCCGGCACCCGCCCCACCUGCCAACGCACAAGGCCCUGUGCCCGGCAACGCCCCAGGGAUGAUGCCUCACUUCCCCCCGGGGCUCUUCCCUUUCUGGGGCCCGUUUCCCGGGGCUGCCCCUCCUGCCGGUGCACCUGGUGCUCAGGCUGCUGCGGAUGCCCCCCCAACUGGCGCCAGCACCACCCAAGCUCAGGCACAAGGGAGCAGUACCUCAGCCCAGCCUAACGGAGAAGCCUCUAACACUUCUGUCCCUGGAGGUGCCAUGCCAGGUUUCCCGUUCAACUUCCCUCCCCCGCCAUUCCCUUCUGCACCGUGGCUGCCCAUGCCACCACCACCUCCCUUCAUGUCCUCGAUGCCUCCGCCGCCCGCCUCCCUGUCCAGCAUGUCCGACGCGGAGCUGAGGGAGCUGGAGCAGGAGGGCCGGCGGGGCCUGGAGGCGCGGCUGCAGUGCCUCCACAACAUCCACACGCUGCUGGACGCCGCCAUGCUCAACAUCCACCACUACCUCACCACCGUGGCCACGCUCAGCCCCCCUCGGACUGAAGCCAGUGCUGGAGAAGCCAGUGGUCCCUCGACUUCCUCCAACACCAACAGCACCACGGAGAACUCCAGCCAGGAGACGCCAGCUCAAAGCCCUGAGCCAGUUUUGGGGGCGACGGGAUUCUCUCAACCAGACUCCACCACAGCGGAGGAGAAGAAGGAGGAGGAAGCAGAGGCAGCGGCGGCGGCGGCAGAGGCAGAGGAGGAGAACGACGACGGAGAGCCCAACGCGGCGGAGCUCAGGCGGAGACGCCUCCGCAAGCUGGAGACCACUCCACCCCCUGACCACUGAUGCCCGCUCAACCAUGCUGGAUGAUGAUCACUUUUAACAAAAGACUUCAGUCAGCUGAAUUCAUCUUAUGUCUCCCUCCUCAUGCUGGGCAAAGUCACACGGCCAGACUUGACGAGGAGGAGACCCGAUGUGCCCUUACCCAUUCUUUAACAUCGCAUACAUGGGGACACAGUGUUGUGUAUGUGUGCAGCACUACUUUCUGCUCAUGGAACGUUGUGCGUUUAGGAACGAAUCAUGAACCGUGGGCUCUACUUACUGUGUAGGGUGAACCAAUACUCUGCGGCCGACGUUGGCCGACAUCUUGCUUUUACUGUUGAAUCGAUUAAAUUUGGGUAGGAUUUUUUUUUUCAGUAUGCUUUGUUUCAAAUUUGAUCAAAUUUGGAUAUCUUUUUCUUGUUUAGUAUAUGUUACAGCUGCAGCACAUUGGGAAGAGUUGGUUUUAGCUACAGCCAUUGUGUCCUUAAAUUUGGCCUAAGGGUGUUUGUUUAUAUCUUCAGUGUGUUCCCAGCCCACUCUGGGGAAGUGCAUUUUCUGUGUGGUGAGAAUGAGACGUGCCGUGUGAGGAGGACUAAUUUAACUUGUACAUACUGUAUAAAGACUAUUAGAAGCAUCUGUACAUACUGAAGAGUAAAUAAUUCAAAUUAAACUUUGCUUGACAUCAA